AUCCCAAGAUUCAUUGGGCAUAAAAAAAUGAUAUUUCUUUAAUCGGCUUUGAGAGAGAGAGAUGAUGGGCGUGUAGGGAAAUGUUCAACCUAAAAUCAGACAAUUUGAAUGUCAUUUAUCAUGUGAUAAUUUUAGUUUUUACAAGAUGUGUGUUUUCGUGCACUUAUGGCGCUCGGCGUGACAGCUUCACGUGCAUCCCAUGCUUUUAGCUUUGAUUUUGGCCUAAACCUUGCUGAAUCUACCAAGUGCCACCCCCAUCUGGCUGCUGCUUCCCACUAAUAAUUGUUACAAUUAUUUUGCUUUUCUGGCUAAAUAUAGAUCGUUGGUUUUAAAAAUUCACUGUAUGAUUCCUCUCUCAUAUACCUCUUUCCCCAAUUCACCAAUGUUUGCAAAUUUUCAUGGCGAUUCCUAUCCCUCUCUUGUUCUCUUCUCCCUCUUUCCUUUCCUCUCCCAAAUCCUUACCUUUAUUCUUCAAACCCAAAAUUAACACCUCCAAAUCCUUCAAUCUUCACUUUCAUGCUAAUGUUGCCUCCUCUUCCACUUUGACUGCUAUGGAAGUCGGUGAAGAUUUACCGCUUGAUUAUGGUGAUUGGCUUCCCAAACCCGAUCCAGACCAGCGCCGAAGAGCUGGCAUUUUGCUCCACCCGACCUCGUUUAAGGGAGAUUAUGGUAUUGGUGAUUUUGGUGAAGAAGCUUUUCGCUUCAUUGACUGGCUUCAUUUAGCUGGCUGCUCCGUUUGGCAGGUGCUUCCCCUUGUUCCUCCUGAUGAUGAGGGAUCACCAUAUGCAGGGCAGGAUGCAAAUUGCGGUAACACUUUCUUGAUUUCACUUGAAGAGCUUGUUAAAGAUGGUUUGCUAACAAAGAAAGAGCUUCCACAACCAAUUGAUUGUGACCGUGUGAACUAUUCUAUGGUCGCUAAGCUAAAGGAUCCACUUAUAACUAAGGCUGCAGAAAGGCUACUUUCGACUGAUGGAGAACUUAAAACUCAGCUUGAGGCUUUCCGUAGAGAUCCUACCAUAUCGUGCUGGCUUGAAGAUGCAGCUUAUUUUGCUGCUGUUAAUGACAGUUUAAAAGCAUUCAGUUGGUAUGAUUGGCCUGAACCUUUGAAAAAUCGCCAUCUUGCGGCCUUAGAAAAAAUAUACGAGGAAAAGAAGGAUUUCAUAGACUUGUUCAUUGCUAAACAAUUCCUGUUCCAAAGGCAGUGGAAGAAAAUUCGCAACUAUGCACAGACAAAGGGAGUCAGCAUAAUGGGAGACAUGCCUAUUUAUGUAGGUUAUCACAGUGCUGAUGUUUGGGCAAAUAAGAAACAUUUUUUGCUGAAUAGGCAUGGUUAUCCUAUGCUAGUCAGUGGUGUUCCUCCUGAUGCCUUCAGUGAUACUGGUCAGCUCUGGGGGAGUCCUCUAUAUGAUUGGAAAGCCAUGGAGAAAGAUGGAUUUUUAUGGUGGAUAAGUCGCAUUAGACGUGCACAGAAUCUAUAUGAUGAAUUCAGGAUAGAUCACUUUAGAGGAUUUGCUGGCUUUUGGGCUGUCCCUUCUGAAGCGAAAGUUGCAAUGGUUGGACGAUGGAAGGUUGGUCCUCAAAAAUCUUUGUUCGACGCCAUCUCCAAAGCAGUUGGAAAGAUAAAUAUCAUAGCUGAAGAUCUGGGAGUUAUAACUGAGGAUGUAGUUCAGCUCAGGAAAUAUAUUGGAGCACCUGGAAUGGCCGUUCUCCAGUUUGGUUUUGGUAGUGACUCUAGCAACCCUCAUUUACCUCACAAUCACGAGCACAAUCAAGUUGUGUACACUGGAACACAUGACAAUGACACGAUCCAAGGUUGGUGGAACAAUUUGAUGGAACAAGAGAGGUCCAACGUAUUCAAGUAUCUUCGUAUCACUGAAGAAGAUGAGAUCUCAUGGGCACUGAUCCAAGCUGCAGUUUCUUCAAUAGCUCAAACUACUAUCAUAACCAUGCAGGAUGUUCUUGGGUUGGACAGUUCUGCCAGGAUGAACAUUCCUGCAACACAGCAUGGAAACUGGAGUUGGAGGAUACCUAAUUCCACGAGUUUUGAUUGCUUGGAAAAAGAAGCGUUAAGAUUAAGAGAGAUGCUUUCCAUGUACGGUCGAAAGUAGUCCAGGAAAGCUUCAUAUCUUUCUUUUCCUCGGUCAUUACACAUGAAUUUAGUGCCACCCCCACCAUUAUGUGUCUAGUCUAGCUUUGAAUAAGUUCUUUUGCUGAUGACUGAGGUUUUAGAGUUGAAUUUUAUUUAUAAACUAAUAAAAAGCUUGAUACCCUUUCAUUUC